UCAUGACACAUUUACGACCUCUCACCCAGUCUGCAGCGGUCUACAUAAACAACACAACUCCGCUACUGACCAGCAAGUGUCGAGUUGCGCGGCUGAUCGAGCAGUGAGGAUGCUUCUCCGCCGGCAAGUCUUCCAAGUCGGCCUUCGCCUAUGUUCCAGUCAUGUGACUCAAGGGCCACUGGUGGACACGCGGCCGAGCUCUGACAUGUCCGAGUUCCGUAAAAUCUUCUCCAAAGCCAAACACAUUGCAAUCAUCACAGGUGCUGGUUUGAGUGCUGAGAGCGGAGUUCCGACUUUCAGGGGUGAAAAUGAAAAAUGGAGGAAAUGGCAAUCUCAGGACCUAGCCACCCCCGAGGCCUUCUCCCGCACGCCGUCGCGAGUGUGGGAGUUCUAUCACUACAGAAGAGAGGCUGCCCUGCACAAAAAGCCCAGCGCUGUUCAUCUGGCCAUCGCGGAAUGUGAAGCACGUUUGAGGAAACAGGGACGCUCUGUGGUGGUGAUCACCCAGUGCAUCGAUGAUCUGCUGCACCAGGCAGGAUGCAAGCACGUGCUCAGGAUUCAUGGCAGCCUGGCGGAGACGCGAUGUGUUAGUUGUGGUCAUGUGACGGUGAACAAGAAAAGCCCCAUAUGUUCCGCCCUGAAAGGCAAAGGAUCACCCGGUCCAGAUGUUGAUGAUGCCCAGAUUCCGGUGGAUAAACUGCCCAGAUGCAAGGAGAGUGACUGUCACGGUCUGUUGAGGCCCAACGUCGUGUUUUUCGGCGAAACUUUGGACUCUCACAUUCUGACCAAAGUGGAGAAAGAGUUAGAAACCUGCGACCUGUGUCUUGUGGUGGGAACGUCUUCCAUUGUUUACCCGGCAGCCAUGUUCGGACCGCGAGUGGCUUCCAGAGGCGUCCCAGUGGCCGAAUUCAACACGCAAGUAACCCCGAAAACAGAGUACUUCAACUUUCAUUUCCAGGGUCCAUGUGGAACAACACUUCCUCCAGCCAUUGCCCCAUGAGUCGCUGAGGAAUCCGAUCUUUUUGAAAUUCCUGAAUUUUUCUGUGGAUGUGGGGUUACAUUUAAUUCCAAAUAACUGCCUUACAGAGUUUCGACUUCAGCUUUAGCAACCAUACUUGAAUAAACUUGCAUAACUGGAACGAACGAACGGUUUACAAGAUAAAGGAAAAGGGAAUGCACCAUGAAUGUCGACCUUGAUCUUUAGCUGACACAUCAAAUAUGCUGUACAUUGAAAUUCUGGGGUGUGGCGGAACACACGAUGGAGACUGUCCAGUGCCUUUUAACUCAACCAAUCUCUCGCUUUAACGUCUCAUGUUACAAAGAUUUAUACAGUUGUUUCUGUCUCCGGCUGUUGUUGCGAUUCACAUGUUACAGAUUUAUGAACAGAUAUGUCUUCUAUUAUUAAAGCACUACACCAGC